CCAGUGUAACUGCUCAUUACUAGAAGGAAGUGGGACUUGCAUUGUGUUUUUUUCAUAUAGACAAAGCAGUCCAUGGCUAAGUGCUGGUAUUUUUGGUGGUCCUUUUUGAAAAUGGAAACUCUUUAUCAUUAACAACUGGAAAGUAGUCUCAAUGGCAAUUGGAUUGCAGUCGAGGGGUAAGACCUAUUGUCUCCCUUCUCUGAGCUGAAGUUGGGCUGUCAUGGAUUUAUGUCAAACUUGAUUUUCAGAACCUGCAAAGAAAUAUCUUUCUUCAAUUCUUCUGAACUAGCCUUAGAGCAUGAAAUGUAUCCAUCCUAUCCCAGAAUAAAUCAACAUUUAAAUACCAGUUAUUUUGUGUGACUGGCAAAUGCUUUUCUGACCAUCCUGCAGACCUAAAAGAGAUUAUGGACUUGUAAUAAUGUUACUACUUUGUUUUGCUACCGUUACUGUGUAGCAAAACAGCACGGUACUGUUCAAACUCCCUUUAGUGCUGCUAAAUGAAUGAUGACCAUGUAAUGAAGAGGGAUUGCUCAACAAGGUGCCUGCUUGCCCUUGAAGGGAUAUGAGCGAUCCAAGUCCUAAACGGUCAGACCUAACCCAUUCAGCUGGAGUUUCAGGAGGAUUCAUGGACUCCUCAAUAAAUAUGCAGGCGGAUGAGUUGUUUGGUAGAAAGUUUAAAGCUUUGAACGGUAACAUGGGACCUCCGUCUUCAACUAUACAGGGGAAAUCCGAAGCGCCAGCUAUGCCUAAAAUGGGGGUACGAGCAAGGAUCUCAGAGUGGCCUCCUAGGAAGGAUGGUUUGGAAGGCAGACCUCCACCAAACUAUGAAAGUUUAGUGUUAGGGUUCCAGAACGGACAGAUUGACCAAGGCAUGGACUCAAUUAGUGAAAGAAGCCAGGAGGUAUCUGUGGAUCUAGAGUUUGCAGAGACAAAAUGUGCUUUAGGGGACAUUUUCAACAGAUCUCCUCUUAAGGGGCUCCAUCCUAUCCGGCAAAGAAGUAACAGUGAUGUCACCAUUAGUGAUAUAGAUGCAGAAGAUAUCCUCGACCAGAAUGCUGUGAACCCGAACACAGGGGCCUCUCUCCGCCGGGAAUAUGGAAGCACAUCUUCAAUCGACAGACAGGGCUUGUCUGGCGAGAGCUUUUUCACGAUGCUGAGGGGAUAUCGGGUUGAUAGUCUUGAACAUCGAACCAUGCCGCCGUUGGAAUUUCCUGAACUUCUACACUACAGCUCCUCUUUCUCCCCUAGCCUUCAAACUGCAGCACAGAUUUCCAGAGGUGAAUUUGUGAGGAUCGCUGGAUAUGAUUACGUGGAUAGUUCGCUGCUGUAUAGCAGAGAAAGAGAUAAAUUCUUCAAGCGGAGGUUGAAAUCCGAAACCGUGGAGACCUCUCUGUUCCGGAAGCUGCGGACAAUAAAAAGCGAGCAUGACGGUUUAAGGUUCUCUACUGAACACGAUGACUGCAGACUGGAGAGGCUUGGACGGCCUCUGAGCUUUCAGAAAUGUUUUGCACACUACGACGUACAGAGUAUUUUGUUCAACAUUAGUGAAGCUAUGGCUAAUCGAGCUAACCUUGGGAAAAGAAAAAACACCACUACUGGAGCUUCUGCAGCAUCACAGUAUCAAGGUGCAGGGGGUGCUCCAGGGCUCUGUGAGUCCCCAUUGGGAAGCAGAGAAGACCUAAACUCAAAAGAGAACUUGAAUGCAGACGAAGGGGACGGUAAAAGCAACGUCUUGGUUCUUAGCUGCCCCUACUUUCGCAAUGAGAUUGGAGGUGAAGGAGAAAGGAGGAUUUCAUUAUCCAGGGCUAAUUCGGCUACCCAUGCUGGCGAGAACUGCUCCUUUGAGUCCUCCCUUAGCUCGCACUGUACCAAUGCUGGUGUGUCUGUGCUCGAGGUGCCAAGGGAGAACCAGCCUAUUCACCGGGAAAAAGUCAAACGUUACAUUAUAGAACACAUUGAUCUUGGCGCGUACUACUACCACAAAUACUUCUACGGCAGAGAACAUCAAAACUACUUUGGAGUAGAUGAAAACCUGGGGCCUGUGGCCGUGAGCAUUCGAAGGGAGAAGCUGGAGGAUGGGAAAGAAAAGGAUGGAGUGCAAUAUAACUAUCGGAUCACCUUCAGGACUAGUGAGCUCACCACUCUGAGAGGAGCAAUACUGGAAGAUGCUGUGCCCUCCACAGCCAGACAUGGCACAGCAAGAGGGCUGCCUCUCAAAGAGGUGCUAGAGUAUGCAAUACCAGAGCUAAACAUCCAGUGCCUAAGGCUGGCUUUAAACUCACCCAAAGUCCCAGAACAGCUGCUUAAAUUGGAUGAACAAGGGCUGAGUUUUCAGCACAAAGUCGGGAUCCUUUACUGCAAGGCUGGGCAGAGCACAGAGGAGGAGAUGUACAACAACGAGACUGCUGGGCCUGGUUUCGACGAGUUCCUGGAUUUGCUGGGCCAGAGAGUGCGGCUGAAGGGGUUCAGCAAGUACAGAGCCCAGCUGGACAACAAAACUGAUUCAACUGGAACUCACUCACUGUACACCACCUAUAAAGAUUAUGAAUUGAUGUUCCAUGUGUCCACUUUACUUCCAUAUACUACCAAUAACACACAACAGCUGUUAAGGAAAAGGCACAUAGGAAAUGACAUUGUCACCAUCGUUUUUCAAGAGCCCGGGGCCCUUCCCUUUACCCCAAAAAACAUCCGCUCCCACUUUCAACAUGUGUUUGUCAUAGUCAAAGUACACAACCCCUGCACUGAAAAUGUUUGCUACAGUGUGGCUGUUUCAAGGUCUAAAGAUGUGCCUCCAUUUGGGCCCCCUAUUCCUAAAGGAGUGACUUUCCCCAAAUCUGCAGUUUUUAGGGACUUUCUCUUAGCCAAAGUGAUCAACGCAGAAAACGCAGCACACAAAUCUGAGAAAUUUCGUGCCAUGGCUACAAGGACGAGACAGGAAUACUUGAAAGACUUGGCAGGAAACUUUGUCACAACGGCAACUGUUGAUAGCACAGUGAAAUUUAGUUUCAUUACACUGGGAGCAAAGAAAAAGGAAAGAACUAAACCACGAAAGGAUGCCCACCUGUACAGCAUCGGAGCCAUUACAUGGAAUGUUAUCGCUCGAGACUUUGGGCAAUCCGCUGACAUUGAAUGUCUGCUUGGAAUUUCAAAUGAGUUCAUAAUGUUGAUAGAAAAGGAAUCAAAAAAGGUGGUAUUCAACUGCUCCUGCAGGGAUGUUAUUGGCUGGACAUAUGGAGUUAUGAGUAUAAAAAUAUUUUAUGAAAGAGGGGAAUGCGUCUUGCUCUCUGCCUUGGAUAACUGCGGUGAAGACAUCAGAGAAAUUGUUCUGCGGCUAGAGAUUGUAACCAGAGGCUGCGAGACAUCAGAAAUUACCCUCCGGAGGAACUCACUAGGCCAGCUCGGGUUCCAUGUGAACUUUGAGGGAAUCGUGGCAGAUGUUGAGCCCUUUGGAUUUGCAUGGAAGGCUGGCCUCAGGCAAGGGAGUCGUCUCGUGGAAAUCUGCAAAGUGGCAGUGGCCACUUUGACCCACGAGCAGAUGAUUGACCUCUUGCGGACAUCGGUGACUGUAAAGGUGAUGAUUAUUCAACCACAUGAGGAUGGCUCGCCCAGGAGAGGCUGCUCAGAGCUGUACCGAAUUCCAAUGGUGGAGUACAAACUUGACAGUGAAGGCACCCCUUGUGAGUACAAAACCCCUUUCAGAAGGAACACAACCUGGCAUCGCUUCCCCACUCCUGGUGGUCAGCCCAUUACGCGGGCCUCCCCCAUCCAAGGACCUGCCGACCGACUGCAGGGCCAGCAGUUUCUUCAGCAGGCUCAAGCAGCCAUUCCCCGCAGCACCUCCUUUGACAGAAAGCUGCCAGAUGGCGCGAGGCCAAUUCAAGAUGUUGAAAACCCCCAGAUACCGCCAUGCAACAAAAGUGAUGCCAGUCAGCACUACAGAAGCUCUCCAAGCAACCAGUCAUCAUCCAGUGACCCUGGGCCUAGUGGAAACAGCAAUUGGACACAGCAGGCAGGACAUGAAGGGUGUCAGUCCCCUGUUCUGCAUGAUCGUCCAGGCGAUCCAUCUGGCGCGCUGACUGAUGGCGAUAGACCACGAGAGAGGGAGGGAACUUUAGAAAGGACCAGGUCUACUGAUGGAAAGUGGCACAUACCAUCCACUAAGAUAUUGAAUUCGUUGAAAGAUAGAGGCCUUCAAGAGGGAACCAGUGGGAAAGACUCGCCAAACAAACUUUCACAUCACAAUGGAGAUAAAAAUUCCAGUCAUUCCAGCAGCAACACCUUAUCAAGCAGUGCAUCGAGCAACAGUGAUGACAAGCACUUUGACUCAGGGGACCUCAUGGAUCCUGAGAUGCUGGGAUUAAUUUACAUUAAAGGGGCCUCAACUGACAGCGGGAUUGACACCGCCCCAUGCAUGCCACCCAGUGGUGUGGCAGCAGUGCAUUUGGCAGGCAGCCGGGCAGCCCUACACAGCCGGGCUGAGCAGAUGAUACAGUGGGCAGGUCAUCAAGAAGAUGCAGGGCCAGAGGAAGAGCAAGCCAAACUGUUCAGCAUCCAGAGAUAUGCCUCUGCUAUAGCAGCCAGCCACGUUACAGAAGGAAGUAUCGGAGACCUCAGUGAAACCUCAUCCCACUCCAGCGGUUCGCACCACUCAGGAAGUCCUUCCGCACGCAGUUCGAAGAAUAGUGGUUCCUUGGACACCUCCAAGGUCGUCCUAGUGUCUCAGAACAGCAGUCAGCAGGUCUCUGGGUCAGAAGCAAGGGCGUAUGUUCGACAAGGCGCUGUCAGCAAGUACCUGAUAGGGUGGAAAAAAACUGAGGGCAGCCCACCAUCUGAAGAGUCUGACAUUACAGAAUGUGGGAGGAGACUAUAUGGUGAUGCAGCGGAAAUUCCAAUGUCUUGUCAGCUCCAGACUUCCAGAAGAGAGUGUAUGCACCAGCCAAGCUUUUCCAAGGAGGAUUUUCUGAAGCUGAUGCUACCAGACAGCCCCCCUGUGGAAGAGAGCAGGAGGAAGAUUUCUGCUUCUGGCAGUCUGUCCCCAAGGAGGUCUCUGUAUCGCACUCUGUCUGAUGAGAGUUUAUGCAGUAACAGAAAAGGAUCCUCGUAUGCCAGUUCUCGAAGUUCAAUGCUUGACCAAGUUUUGCCAAAUGAUAUUCUGUUCAGCACUACGCCACCAUACCACAGCACUCUACCGCCCAGCAUGACACGAAACUCUGGUGCAUCAAACCUAAGAAAUGAAUUCUGGUUUUCCGAUGGGUCCUUUGCUGAGAAGUCCAAGUUUACUGACCCUGGCCUGAUGCCCCUACCAGACACAGCCUCUGACUUGGACUGGUCUCAUCUCGUAGAUGCUGCACGAGCAUUUGAAGACCAGAGAGUUGCAUCCUUUUGCACCAUGAAUGACAUGCAGCAGGCACAGGCUUUGCAGAUCUCUGAGGCAUUGUCCAGACAAAUUGCAGAAGCAGAGGGGAAGAACAUUGAUGAAACUGGGGAGAAUUCUCCAGCUACUCUUACUGGGAAGGUAAACCAACUAGAAGUGAUUCUCCGACAGCUGCAAUAUGACUUGCGAAAGGAAAAGCAAGACAAGGCUAUCCUAAAGGUUGAAGUGCAGCACUUGAGGCAAGACAACAUGCGACUUCAGGAGGAGUCUCAGACUGCUGCCGCUCAGCUGAGGAAAUUCACAGAGUGGUUUUUCCACACCAUCGACAAGAAACCUUAAAUUACACUAAAAGCCCUAACUGGUUCAUUCAGUAGAGGAAUGUAAACAUAGGGUUUAAAUACAAUUAGUUAAUAGUUGUAGUAGCUAUAGUCUGUGUCUGACCAUGUUCAGCUGACAAUACCAGCAGUGAUGGGGUAGUUGAAGAGAACUAAUUCAUAUUAUUUAUCAAGUGGAGCUAUAUGGGAAUGUGCUUUAGUUUGUGCUCACUACAAAAAAAUGAAUGUAUCUCAUGGUGUAAUUUCAGACAAAUCUAAAAACAAGAAAGGCUUCUAUUCUUAAUUUGUUAUAAACCAUAAGGUAACGUAAUCCACCAUUUAAAUGUUUAAUCAGUCAAGAUAUUAACCAACCCUAUUGGCUGUUCAGUAUUGUAAAAUAUAAGAGCCAGGCAGUAACUUUGAUGUUAAAGGUGCUCUAUUUUUUGUAAGUAGUUUUUAUUUCCACUGUCAGUGUCAUAGCAAUAAGAAGGUAUAGUCAAUAGUCACAAAACUGUGUUUAAAAGUUGGCACUAAUGUGAUAAAAUAUUUGUUUAAAUGCCGUUGUAUUAGAAAGUAUUUAUUUGCAGGAACAAAUGGUGCCUGAUAUGAACAGUGUUUGGAUUGGUUUUCUUUUUUUAAACACAUGCCUUGUUAACUGCUCACUAAUUUACUCACCACCAAUUAAUUUUCUUUUUGCAUAGUUUACUUGCAGCUAUAACAGUUCUAAUACCUUGUACUAGAACUAGGGUGUGAGCCAACAAACCACUUUUACAAUGCCAAAUGUGUUCAUCUUUGUACAGAAACUCUGAGGAAGUGUCUUGUAUUUAACACCAUUAUUUAAGCUUAUUUAACCUUAAAAUGUUUAUUUUGUUAAGAUUUUUUUUGUUUAUCUGCACUAUGAAGAGGACAGCUUCCUGUAAGCUGGCAUUUCUGUAGCUUGUCAGGGCUAUACUGAUCAUUUCUAGAAACUCCAACAUUUGGAUGCUGCUAGUACACAGUUCAUUGGUUUGAAUGCUUUUACGUCUUUAUUUGUAAACCGUUUCAUAGAAGAUGGGACAUACAUUUGCUUUUUUAAAUAAAUGUAGGACAUAAAAACA